AUGUCGCGCAAUGAACACAACGUCGACCUAAACACUGGCGCAAGAAGCAUCGAUCUAAAACAGCCUGCGACACCAACGCAAGGCAGUGGUCAUGCAAACUCCGCUGACCAGCGUCACAACUCUCUGACUAAGGGAGACAACGCUCAUGUCUCGCCUGCACCGCUUCCGACAGGCUGGAACGGUAGUCGUAUCCCAUCGAACAACGUACCGAGGAAGGCGCCGCUGGCAGCUCGCUCUCCAGAUGAUAUCUCACCAUUCAUAGCGAGAAAGCUACCGCCAACGAAGCAACAGAGAUCCACGAGUCAGUCAAAGGUAACUCCCGGCCCCUCACAAGGCAGUCGAGUACGCCAGCAAAAGUCCUUCAAUACGCCGCCGUUGGGCCCAGACAACUGGAACGAAUAUGUGUACGUCAUGGAGCAGCUCUGGACCGAAGAAAUCACCUUUGACGAGUUUGGCGCGCGCACGCAACGGAUAUUCCAAGUGUUCGAUGAGGGCAUUCGGAGGAGGUUGAACAAUAAUGUGGCGAUGAAGAUGAUAGUGCCACGGCUAGAGGAAGAGCGGAAGAAAGGUCAGUCGACUAAGGGUGCGGAAGAAGUCUAG